GAUCUCUUUAGAUACAGCUUGGUUGGCCGGAACUGCUCUUACCUGGAAACUAUGAAGAAACAUUCUGCAUAAAACUUUUACAUGACUGACGCCAUGGCAUCUUCAACAAACUUAGAUGCUGGGGCCCAGUUGAUUGUAGAAGAAUGUCCUACUAGCUACAGCCUUCCGCCGAUGCCGGACAUUAAAGUGGAGCAUCAGCUUGACUCUAGCACAGAGGACAGCCCAGCUCAGAGUGUCGCCAUGGGAAUGAAAUUCAUUUUGCCCAAUAGAUUUGAUAUGAAUGUCUGCUCGCGAUUUGUGAAAUCUUUGAAUGAGGAGGACAGUAAAAAUAUUCAAGACCAAGUUAACUCUGACCUUGAAGUGGCAUCUGUCUUAUUUAAAGCUGAGUGCAACAUCCACACUUCUCCUUCCCCUGGUAUCCAAGUAAGACAUGUUUAUACUCCAUCAACUACUAAGCAUUUCUCACCAAUAAAACAAUCAACUACUCUAACUAACAAACACAGGGGAAAUGAAGUCUCUACAACUCCUCUGCUUGUAAACUCUUUAUCAGUUCAUCAGCUGGCUGCUCAGGGAGAAAUGUUGUAUCUGGCCACACGUAUUGAACAAGAAAAUGUAAUCAAUCAUAAGGAUGAAGAAGGAUUUACCCCUCUGAUGUGGGCUGCAGCUCAUGGGCAGAUAGCAGUAGUGGAAUUUCUCCUGCAGAAUGGUGCAGAUCCUCAGAUUUUGGGGAAAGGGCGAGAAAGUGCCCUCUCACUGGCUUGCAGUAAGGGAUAUACAGAUAUUGUCAAAAUGCUGCUCGACUGUGGAGUUGAUGUCAAUGAGUACGACUGGAAUGGAGGCACACCUCUACUAUAUGCAGUACAUGGGAACCACGUGAAAUGUGUAAAAAUUCUCCUUGAAAGUGGUGCUGAUCCAACUAUCGAAACAGAUGCUGGCUAUAAUUCCAUGGAUUUGGCUGUAGCCUUGGGCUAUCGGAGUGGUAAGUAUUGCAAAU